CGAGAUUUGAGAUUCACUUUUAAAUUGCAACACUUUGAAAAGUGUCAUCUGAACUUUGACAGUCCAAAUGUCAUAAUAAUUACGAAUGUAUUUUCGGAAACCUCUUUUACUGCUCAACUCGAACCGGGUAACAAACAAAUUAGGUAAAGUUUUUCCAAAGCAAUCAAAAUGGCAGCAGAUCCGCUAUUCGGCUGGGAUUUAACUUUUAAAACCGUCGAGAAAGAUAUAAAACGCAAGUCUGAUGUGCUCAUUGCCUUUAUACAUUGGAAUUUGACUAAAAGAGGAUUCCGCACCAUCGGAAUAGGUGACGAGAGAACGUUGUCAGGAGAUGAAGACAAGAGCGAGGUGUUGCCAACGGGCUGGAAUGAUAAAGACAACUAUACCUUAAGAUAUGUCUUGGAAGAUAAAUUGUACAUUCUUCAUGGAUUGAACACUGAUGGCACCCUCAUUGUUAAUUUAAUGAGAUCUGAAGACUUAGCAGUAUCCAACCUCGCUUUGAAGAUUGAGGAUGCUGUUAAGGAGACCAGUGGCUCCAUAGCCAAGAUGCUGCCAGGCUACAAGGACCUCAUGUACAAUGUGAAGCGGGAUCUUGUUGAUACCAUCACAGAGAGGCCUACUACUACUGCUGAAACACAAACUUCUACAAGAAGUGAACCAAACAGAAGGCUUCCUGAUGAUCCACUGAGAGUGCCUCCAAGACCACACCCAUCGGGCCCUCACCCUGACACUCGGGAUUUGUGGGAGCCACCAACAGCUCCGCUGGCAAACAUUGGCCGCUCAGAUCUAGACCCGUUUGCUCCUGGCGGUGGUGGUAUGCUGUUCAAUCCGUUCGGACCCCGGCGAGAUCUUGAAAACCCGGGACUUGGCAUACCAGGAGGCUUACCGAGAGGCGCGGUGCCGCCGGGCGCGCGCUUCGACCCCUUCGGCCCCCCCGCGCCCGGCCCGCCCGCCGCGCGCCGCCCGCCGCCCGACGCCGACCACCUGCCGCCGCCCGGCGGGUUCGACGACCACAUGUUCAUGUAGCCUACCACUACCACCACCGAUUACGCCAAUAAACAUUUCUCUUGGA